AUGUUAAGGAAUGUUGCUAAAAGUUCAUCUGAUAACGCUGUUGAAGAUGAUAAGUUGAAAAACAAAAAUGAAAUAUUUAAGAAAAGGAUACACAAAGAAAUAAAGAGAUUAAAGGAAUCGAAAGUUAUCGACGAUAUAAAUGUAUAUAUAACAUUUAAAGAGAGCAACGAUUCAAGUGAUGAUAAAAUUCAAAGUAAUAACAAAUAUAAUGAUAGUAAUAUUUGUAAAUAUGUACAUUUACUACAAACAUUUGAUGAGAAAUAUUUUUUAGAAGAAAAUUUUUUUGUAAAUAAUUUUAUAAAACAUAUAAUUAUUUUAAAAAAGAAUAAUAAUAUAUCUGAUUCCUAUAAAGAAGAGAAUUCUUAUAUUUCUAAUGAAUUAAUUAAAUAUUACACAUAUAAAAAUAGUACUUGUCCAUUCUAUAAUAUUUUCGAAAUAUUAAAUUUUGAAAAGUUUUUUAAUAGUUUUAAUUCCUUUUUAAAUGAAAUAAAUAACUUCUUAGAUAUUUUUGAAAUAUUUAAAAAGGAUUUUAUGAAAGAACAAAAUAUUUUUUACAACCAGAAGUAUAAGAUACAAGAAAAAAAGAAUGUGAAAGAAAAUUAUUCUGAAGAAAAAGAUAAUAUAGAAUAUUUUACUAAUAUAUUUUUUGAAAUUAUAUAUAAAGAUUUUAUAAGCUAUUUAUCAAAAAUACAAAGAGAAAUUAUUAAUAAUAUAUAUUCAUCUGAUGAAUAUGAAUUUGAAAACUUUUAUAAAAAAUUCUUUAUAUUUUUUAAUAAAUAUUAUAAUCUAAAAGAAAGUAUAGUAUAUUCAUUUUUUAUAUUCCAUGAUUAUCCGUUUAGUAAACCGUUAAUAAAUUUUGAACACUUUCCUUUUUCUAUAUUCAAAAAAAAGCGUCAACAAAAUUUAAUGGGUGAAAAUUAUAAUAAGAAAAAUGUCCUCAAUACUUUAUUAAAAGAACAAAAAUGGAUGCCAAAGAUAACUCUGGAAAAUUUAUUCGAGGAAUCCAAAAAAUUUGUAGACAACCUUUUCUUUUAUUAUCAAUAUAAAAUCUAUUUAUUUUAUUAUUAUCUUAAUAAACAUAAAAUCUUUGAACUAUUCUUUCAAAAUAAUUUUACAAUACAUAUUGAUAAUUAUAAUGUUAUCUAUUCAUAUAUUUUUAAAGUAGAUAAAAAAUUAAUAUCAAAUAAAAUUAAAGGAAAAACAAUAACACCUAAAAAAAAUUAUUCCAAUCUAUUAUAUAGUCUUAAUAAUUGUGAAUGUAUAAAUCCAAAUAUUGUUUUCUAUAAGUUUUUUUAUUUAUAUAAAAAAUUAAAAAGUAAAAAUUAUGAAACACAUGAUCAAUUUAGUUUAUUAAGAGCUCAAAAAAAAAAAACAUAUCAGUACUUUAUGUAUUUAUUUUUCAUUAUAUUUAUUUUCUUUAUUCCUCAAAUAAUUAAAAAUAUAUAUAUUUAUAACACUGAUGAGACAAAUGCAUAUAUAAAUGAACCAUCUCCUAUUCUGAAGCCUAAUAAAAAUGUAGAUAACUAUGUAAUUUUCAAUGGAUAUGUAAAUUUAAUACGUACAAGUAUACAUUAUUUUGAUAAAAAAGAGGAUGACAACACAUAUAUGGGAAACAAUACAUUUUAUGACAAUAUAACGAAUGAAGAAGCGAAUGAACAAGAUUCUUAUAAGGAGCGAGCUAUAUAUUCAAAUAUUAAUAAUAAUAAUAAUAAUAUGAAUAAUAUAAAUAAUAGGAAUAAUAUGAAUGAUCCAUUAAUUCUUAACAAUAAUAAAACCGAAAAUGAUGUGAUUUCUAAUAUAAAGAAUAAAAAAGGAGAGAAAGGCAAAAAUAUGUUUUUAAUAAUUUCAUCUCUUUUUGAAUUAUUAUUGUUUUCAUUAGGUAUAACAUAUAAUUUAUAUUUAUUACGAAAAAGAUAUGAACAGAGCAAUUUUGUGGUUAAUAUAUGUUCUUCUAUGUUAAUAUUAUAUAAUCCAAUAUUAUUUUGCAGUUAUAAAAAUCAUAUGAUAGUAAUAUCUAUAGGGUUAUUAAUAUGGAGUAUAAAUUUUAUGUUAUUAAAAAGAAUAUUCUUGUGUAUAGUGGUAUAUUUUAUAUCUAUAUAUUUUAACAUAAUAAAUAUUAUAUAUUUUUUCUCCUUUUUCUUUAUUUAUGUAUAUAUUAAUAGCAGAUAUAUAAUAAAAAGAGGAAAUCAAAUUAAAAGCCAAUUUAAGAGUAAAUUAAGUAUUUUGAAAUAUGCUUUUAUAUAUUUAAUAAUAUUUAUGAUCAUAAGUUGUAUAUUAAUAUACAUUUUUUUUGAUAAAGAAAGAAAAACGGAAGAUGUGUUUACAAAUUUGAUUAUUAAUCCUAUAAAAUAUUGGUACCAUAAAUAUUUUUUAAAGGUAUAUUUUAAUAGUAAUAAGGGAAAAAAUAAUGUAUAUGGACAUAAUAUGUGGGAACCUAUGAAAUUUAUUAUUAAUAGUAAUAUUCAUAUAGACAAUUAUUAUAUAAUAAAAUAUACUCCAUUUUUUAUAACAUUUCUAUUUAAUUAUUUCUUUUCUGUAAAUACCAUAAUUAAAUUUUAUGCUUCUUUAACGUUUUCUUCUAUAAUAUUUCUGUUCAUGUCUUAUACUUAUUUUAGUAGUAAUUAUUUACUCAUAUUUAUUAUAAUAAAAUUACUAUUAUUUAUUAAUAUACUUGGUACAUCAAGUGUAUUAUUAAAUAUACUUUUGUCUUCUUAUAUUAUUAUAGCUAAUGAUCAUUUCUAUUUUUAUACCUUUUGUUUAACCAUAUUAUAUUUUAUAUUUCACAUAUAUUUAAUGUGUCCAUCAAACAAUUUAUUUCAGAAUAUAAAUUAUCAAUUAAAAAUAAGUUCAGAGUUAAUUAAAAAUUUAUAUUAUUUUUUUCUAAGUAAUAUCCAUCAUUUAUAUGAAGCUCAUAUAAAACAUAUUAUAUUUUCAUUUAUUAUAAUAUUUUACCCUUCUGUCCUUAACAACUUGUCCAAUGAGAAAACAAUAAAGAACAUUAUUCAGAAAAAAAAUAUACAAAAAAAAAUUAUCCUAUGUUUAUAUUCACAUAUACAUCAUGAUUAUUUUUUUAUACCUUUAUCGUGUUUUUCAUUUUGUUUGUUUGUAAUGCUAGGAAUAUUAAAGCUAUAUUAUUCGCUAGCCUAUAUAAAAAUAGCUGUCUACAUAUUCCAAUUUUUUACCAUCUGUAGUUUGUUCUCAAUAUUAAUG